GACUAAAAUACCCCAGGCAGGAAAGUCGCCAAUGCCACCUAUAUUUCGAGCGUAGCUCAAACACCCAGAGACCGCUAUCCGAUAGUCCUGAUACCGCUUUGAGCUGAAAAAAGGGAAAACGUCUGGCCAGGUCUUGAAAAUCGCAUUCGUCCAUGCAAAAUUUGAGGCUUGAAGGAACCAAAGUAUCUUGAAAAAUCUACGGGUUUUGGUCCGCUACCAAUGGUCCCGCAGAAUCGGACCCAUUCUACCCGAGACCCCCGCGAUGCGCGAUCAAUCAAUCGACUGAAGCGCGCCACGACAACUUCACCUUACCUGAUCUGACCUUGGCAGCUGGCACGGAUACUUACAUUUGAGGUAAUCGAAUCGAACAGAGUUUAUAUACGCUGCCGAUGCACACCUCAUAAUCGACUGUAGCCAUGUCCGUGACGCUGCACACCAACUUAGGGGAUCUGAAGAUCGAGGUGUUUUGUGAAAGUGUUCCCAAAACGGCAGAGAACUUUCUUGCCCUGUGUGCCUCAAAUUACUACGAUGCAUCGCCUUUCCACCGACUAAUCCCGGGAUUCAUGGCCCAAACUGGCCAGCCUGCAAACCCCUCCCCACCCGAGAACCCUAAAGGAGGUCGGUCGAUUUGGGGUGGCAACUUUGAAGACGAGAUCCGUCCGGCCCUGCGUCACAACGAGCGCGGUGUUGUGUCCAUGGCGAACAAAGGGCCUGGGACAAACGGUAGCCAAUUUUUUCUCUUGUUCGACAAGGCGCCACAUCUCGAUGGGCUCAACACUGUCUUUGGCAAGACAAUCGGUGACGAAAGCCUACGGACCCUGGCAAAAUUGGAGGCCGUUGAGAUUGAUAAGAAAAACCGGCCAAAAGAGAAAGUGAUCAUUGAACGUAUCACCAUUCAUGCCAACCCACUGGCUGAAUGAAGGAACCACAUGCCUGGCUGUACUGCUAGGGCAUCGACGGGAAAAAGCCAGACCGGCAUGAGUUGCAAGAACCCAGGAGCCACUGGGAAUGGCUACACUAGAGUGUGACAUACCGUGGCGUAGCCUUUUCAAACAAUAAGGCAUAGACCAAAAUGGUAUCAAAAGCGACAACGAAAAAAGGCUCACAAAGACAACAGAGAAUGUCAAUCGGCCAUUCUCUUGGCGGCCAUAAAUUCCCAGCACAGGCAUUCGCCCAUGCUCCGUUAUGUUAGUUCCUGACGCCCCGGUGUCGCCUGUGCACCUGUGCUGGUGAGCUUUCAACAUCUGGGUACAUGCGGACGUGAUGUUUUCAAGACAGCAUAACGGCUCGAAGGGUCAUGUAAAUGACCCGGGGCAUACUGUAUGUAUCGCAAAAGCCACAACCUAGAAUGAGAUAUUAUUAGACCUAGGACACUAAAUAUGGCCAUCAUCCAAUAGAUUAGUA